AGCUAACUAAACCAAACCUACCAAAAAUGCGUUCCUACAUUCUGAUUGCCCUCUUCGCCCUGAUUGUUGUGGCUGCUGCCCAAGGAGGACCACAAGGUGGACAGCAAGGUGGCCAGGGAGGACCAGGACCCCAGAAUGGCCAGAAUGGUCAGCAGGGAGGACCCCAGGGAGGUCCUCAGAAUGGCCAGCAAGGAGGUCCCCAGCAGCAAGGAGGUCCUGGCGGCUCAUGGGGUCUGCCUCCGAAUGGAACCAUCUCCUCCAACAGCACCACUUUAACCACCGAGGCCAGCACCACUGAGGCUUCCUCAUCUUAG